AUGGAGAACCCGACAGCUUCAGCUCAAGUUGCUGAAAGAACAGAGCAGUUACCACUAGCAAGUCAAUGGCAAAAAGGCCAGCUUAUUGGGCGGGGCACUUUUGGAAGUGUUUACAUUGCGAGCAACCAAGAAACCGGAGCUCUGUGUGCAUUGAAGGAAUUUGAGUUAUUGCCUGUCGAUCCAAAUUCGGCUGAGUGCAUGAGUCAGUUAAAGCAGGGAAUUGAAGUACUUAGCCAGCUUAGACAUCCGAACAUUCUGCAGUAUUAUGGCAGUGAAAUUGGGAGUCGCCUUUCCAUAUCUUCUUCUACACUCUUUGGCGUGUGCAGGGAUUUAAAGGGAGUUAAUUUAUUUGUGGAUGCAUCUGGGAUAGUCAAACUAGCUGACUUUGGGAUUGCUAAACGUCUAACUGGACAACCAGCUUACCGCUCUUUGAAGAAGUGUCUAAAAUGGAUGGCUCCAGAGCUCAUACAAUCCUUGAUGGCGAAUGAUAACAGCGCGGAUCUCGAUCAUACUGCCGACAUCUGGAGCUUGGGAUGUACUAUUGUCGAAAUGAUAACUGGGAAACCUCCUUGGAGUGAGUAUGAGCGGGCUCAAGCUAUAUUUAAGGUGAUGCGAAGCUCUCCACCAAUACCGGAGACGUUAUCCGCCGAGGGAAAGGAUUUCCUGCACUGCUGCUUUCGAAGACAGCCUGCUGGGAGGCCUUCAGCUGCUAUGCUACUUGAGCAUGCUUUACUGCGAAUUUGAAGUUGCAGAUGACUUAACUUUUUUCAUGUGCCAAUACGUUGUUGCAAAAGGGAUGUUGUACUGUAAAGUUUCAUAUUUAUUAA